AUGAGUACUUUUGAGAAUUUGAGAUACAUUAAGAUAUAGAAAAUAGGGGAAGGAGCCUAUGGAAUCAUCUAUAAAGCUAAAGAUGUUUAGACUGAAGAAAUAGUAGCACUGAAGAAAUUUAAAUUAAGUGUAAUAAAUAUGACAUAUUUCAAGGAUAAUGAAGGUGUUCCUAGCUGUGCUCUUAGAGAAAUCUCAAUCUUAAAUUAACUCAAACAUCCUAAUAUAAUAAAGUAAUAAAACUUUGAGUUUAUUUAGGUUGAUAUCUUAAAUAAUUAUAAAUAAGAAACUUCAUUUGGUUAUGAACUAUUACGAUAUGGAUUUGUCAGAGUAUUUGAAGUUUAAACAUGAAGAAUAUCACCUCAAAGUAUAUAAACUUAAUAUUAAUUAAGAAUAUAAUUUAUAAGAUACUUUUGGCAGUGGAAUUCAUUCAUAAAAGAAAAUUUAUACAUCGAGAUUUAUAACCAAAAAAUAUUGUAGUUAAAAAUAAUGAACCAGUUAUCAUUGAUUUUGGAUUAUCUAGGGUUUUGUCUCCUAAUCUAACAGCAGGAGUAACUUAAUUAUGGUAUCGUGCUCCAGAAUUAUUACAAAAUUGUCAUUCCUAUGAUUAUGCAAUAGAUAUGUGGUCUAUUGGGUGUAUUAUUGCAGAAAUUGCACUUAAUAAACCUUUAUUUAUGGGAUCCUCUGAAAGCCAUUAAUUUUCAUUAAUUAAAAAUAUUAUAAACAGAGGUAUGAAGUUAAAAAGUAACUAUUUAGAUGAAUGGUUUAUUAACAAUUCCCAGUUUGCUAAAUUCAAUAACUUGUUUAUUGAUUUAAUUAAUGUAUUUAUUUGCCUAGAAUUACUAGAAAUUGUUAUAAAUUGAUCCUUCAAAACGGAUAACAAGUACUUAAGCCUUGUAUCAUGUAUAUGAUUAUAUUUUAUUAAUUUAGCCAUUCUUUUAGGAUUAAUAAGCAUUAAUUUAAGACAAAAAAGAAUGA